AUGAAGACCCUGUCUUCCCCGUAUUUGCACGCACGGACGGAUCCACGGACGACUCCACGGAAGCCCGGUAAGGCACAUGGAACCGGAUGCCGAACGAGCCACGGAGCCGAAUGGACCAAUGGCAGGAGAUGGAAAGAUACAAUUAUCUCGGCCAAUUUGAGCAGGAGGUUUUUGGACUUGGUUCAAGGAUUGAUGGCAACCGCCGUGUCUCUUCAUCUCGCACCCAGCUAA